GGUUUAAGGUACUCAAUAUCCAAUCUCCAUUCUCUUCAUUAUCCCUUUCUUCUUCUCUAGUCUGCGGCCAUCACCACCGCCAUCAAUAGCAGAUCAUCACUACUGCCGCCACCUCGCUUGAUGGAUUCAGAAAGUGUGAAUUUGGAAGAAAGACUAAAAUCCUUUUUGAUUCAACUUCAAAAUGAGUUUAGAAUCCUUGAUAGGAUUGUUUACAAAGGAAAGAAUCAACAUAGAAGAUGUUUCUACUUUCAAUAUGUCAUGAAGGUGAGGAGGGAUGUGAAACUUUUGUUAUCGGCGGGGUUACAGGAGAUGUUGGAUUUCUUAUUUCAAAUUAUUAAUGAAAAGAAACCUACAAGGACGGUCAAUCUUCUUGAAAGUUUAAAGAGGAGAAAAUGUAACACUGAAAAAUAUAAUUAUCAGGAGCGGCUUUUGGGAGUUGCUCGUUUAUUAUCACAGAUGGUUGAACCUAUGGUGAAGGCAGCUAUUGAGAUAUCAUCCUUACUUGCUCGAUCUUUUUUCAUGGGAUUCUCUGUGACAAUUCUGGCUAUACUUGGACGUCUGCGGGUUCUGGUCCAGCAAAUACUACUUGAUGUCGUUUCGGUUUACAACAUGAUUUCAUCUAUAUCUCAAAAGGAGCACUCUGUAAAACUAAAUCGGCAAGGAAUUGAGGUCAUCAGGGAGUACUAUCCCUCGAAUGAUGUAGUUGUAACACUGGAGUGUGUAUGGGAAAAAGAUAAGUUUGUUUUGCUUGAGAAAGUGAAUAAAAUUCAGAUCAAGAAGCGAGAAACAGAUCUGCAAUCAUCAAAUAUAAAAUAUCAGACUGUAGAAGCAUUCCUGGGACUUGGGGAUGACGAACCUGGUUACAAGAAGGACACAGAUAACUCCAUUGGAGAGCUCCCAGACCCUAUAAACAUCUACAGAAGCGAAAUUCGUGAAUCUGCAGAACAACCCAUGAAUAUCAGUAUGAGUGCAAAGGUUGAACUCCAAGAGUCUAUCAUAGAUAAAGGCAGUGAGAGUAAUGAAAACUCAUUUGACAAGAGUUCUGGCAUUGAUAAAGAAGUAGUUGCUAGUCCAAGUCCAAAAUCUCCAAAACCUCAAAUAGAAUUGAAGAGAAAGGUAGCAUUUAUUUCAAUUGGGAAGCCGAAAGUACCCCAAACAAGUGAAAGCAGCUUACUUUAUAAUUUGCCAACUGGUAAUUUCCUUGCUACCGAAACUAAGGAAGAAAAAGAUCAAUUCUUUAGUCUACUCACUGGUGGUACUGUAAAGGAUAGUCUCUUCUAAUUUUUGAGCAUGAUAUUUUGGGAUUGUGAAGUCAAGUUUGCUUGCAGUCUUCUAGUUUAUAUGCAAAAAAAAAAAAAAAAUCUU